AUGGCGCCCUCUUCGACAACUGCUGGGCGGAUAGAGGAAGCCCGGAAUCUUGCGAAGAACGACCCUGCCAAAGCUGAGAGCACCCUCAAGGAGAUUCUCACCAAAGGUCCCGGUUCGACCGAGGCCUCGUCGCGGGAUUAUGAAAAUGCACUGGUCUCGCUGGGAGAGGUCUACCGGGACCAAAAGAAGCCGCAGGAGAUUGCCGAACUGAUCAAGACAAGCCGUGAUUCCUUCUCUUCAUUCGCCAAGGCAAAGACAGCCAAGCUGGUCCGCCAGCUGCUGGACCUGUUCAGCGAGAUCCCGAACACCCUCGAUAUUCAAGUUGCCGUCAUCAAGUCCUGUAUCGACUGGGCCGUCGCAGAGCGGAGAUCAUUCCUUCGCCAGAACCUUGAAACCCGGCUGGUGGCCAUUUACAUGCAGAAACAGACCUACUACGAUGCUCUCACUCUCAUUAACUCUCUCCUCCGCGAGCUGAAGCGCUUGGACGACAAGCUUAUGCUGGUCGAAGUACAGUUGCUGGAGUCGCGCGUCUAUCAUGCAUUGGGCAACCAGGCCAAGGCACGUGCUGCCUUGACGGCUGCCCGUACAUCUGCCGCCUCUGUCUACACUCCUCCCAACCUGCAAGCCGGCCUGGACAUGCAGAGCGGUAUGCUCCAUGCAGAGGAUAAGGACUUCAACACAUCGUUCUCGUACUUCAUCGAGGCGCUGGAGGGUUACAGCUCUCUCGACGAGGGCGAGAAGGCAACGGCUGCUCUUCAAUACAUGUUGCUGUGCAAGAUCAUGUUGAACCUGGUGGAUGAUGUCACGAACCUGCUGGGAUCCAAGCAGGCUCAGAAGUAUGCUAGCCCGCGAUUGGAGGCCAUGAAGGCUGUGGCACGUGCUCACGCGGACCGGUCCCUCGAGCAGUACGAGAAGGCUUUGUCGGACUACAGAUUUGAGUUGGGUAGUGAUGCGUUCAUCCGCAACCACCUUCGCAGAUUGUACGAUGCCAUGCUGGAACAGAAUCUCAUCAAGGUCAUCGAACCCUUCAGCCGAGUUGAGCUCGACCACAUUGCCAAGAUGGUAGGACUGGACACGCAGCAGGUGGAGAGGAAGCUUUCACAGAUGAUCUUGGACAAGGUUAUCAUCGGAGUGUUAGAUCAAGGAGCCGGAUGUCUGAUUGUCUUCGACGAGACGGAGCGUGAUCAGGCAUAUGAUGCUGCUCUAGAGACCAUUGCCAAGCUGAGCAAUGUGGUGGAGGAGCUGUACACUAAUCAAGCAUCGCUGCUGGACAAUUUCCCUCCCCUCAUUAGGCUUCAUUCCAGCCUUUCCCUUGUAGACUUGUUAGCGCAGAUGCCACCAGCUAUGAACGCUCCGAUCCCUCCCAACUAUGGGCGUGGGUUCCCACCGCAGGCCGCCCAACGAUCUCCUGCCACGCCUCGUCGCGGCCCUCAAGCACAAGUACCAAUGCCUGCUGCUCCGAUGGGUCAACACGGCGUUCCCCCUCAGCUCCUUCCUCAACAACAUCGCAAUAUGAUGGCGGCCAACGCAGCCAGCGAGGCCGCGCUCCGCCGCAGUCGCAAGCCCACGGACAAGAGCAUUCCGGAGGGAAUCGAAGAAGUAGUCAUUGGCGAAGGUGCUCAGCAAUACAAAAGCCUUCGCGACCUCGAGAAACGGCUGGACGCGGCCAUCGUGCGCAAGAGACUCGACAUCCAAGAUUCCAUCAGCAAGACCGUGAAGAAGUACCGCACCAUGCGCAUUUGGAUAUCCAACACGGUCGAGAACCAACCGUGGCAGAACGCCUCGGGACAGAACGGUGCCAGCAAUCCCGGAUCCGGACGGUAUAAGGUACGCAUCGAGGGGCGUCUGCUGGAUGACGAUAGCGACCCGACGGCUCCGGAGGAUAGCGACGAGGAGCAGGCUAGUGCAGACGAUUCCGCCGAUGCGAACGGCGACGCGAUGGAGCAGGAUGGCCCUGGGGCUCCGAAGACCAAGACGAAGCCCGCAUCGUCAAAUAAGCGGUCUCAGCAACGCUUCUCGCAUUUCUUCAAAUCCAUCACGAUCGAUUUCGACAGACCGGCCACCACCAACCCGGAGGAUGUCAAGCCUAUCACCUGGAACAAGCCGCAAUUACCCCCCAAUGCCGUUACGCUUCCUCCCACCGCAGACUUCGAUUCCAUUCAGUUCUCCCGCGCGUCGCAGGAGAACCUCAACGUCACAGUCAGUAUGGUGCGUGACGAGACGCCAGAGCGAUACAAGCUGAGCAAGGAGCUGGCGGAGGUUCUGGACGUGGAGGAAGAGACUCGCAGUGGGAUUGUUCUCGGCAUAUGGGAUUACAUCCGCGCCAUGGGACUACAGGAGGAUGAAGAGAAGCGGCUGGUACGCUGUGACCACCGUCUACGAUCGAUCUUCGGUCGGGACCAGAUGUUCUUCCCCCAGAUUCCCGAAAGCAUUGGCCCGCACACGAGCCCGAUCGACCCCAUCAAACUCCCCUACACCAUCCGCGUCGACGCCGACUACCACAACGACCCCACCCCCACCGUCUACGACAUCCAAGUCGCCCUGGAGGACCCCCUGCGGUCCAAGAUGCUCGCCCUCACCCAGAACCCGCAGUACACCGCCGCCAUGCGCCACAUCUCCACGCUGGACGACCAGGUCGCGCUCAUCGUGCAGGCCUUGACGCACUCGCGCGCCCGCCACUCCUUCUUCACGGCCCUGAGCAAAGACCCUGCCACCUUCCUCCGCCGCUGGGUUAACAGCCAGCGGAGGGACCUCGAGACCAUCCUCGGCGAGGCCACGAGAGGCGGCGGCGAGGACGCCAGCGGGCCGGAGUUCCGGCGAGGCGGCACCGAUGGGGCGUGGGACACCCCGGUCGCGAGGGAAGCGGUGCGCUACAUGCUUGCCAGACCCGAGGCGGCCAUGGGGAGGGCUCUCUAA